GAUAAACCAUUAUCAGCAAAGGCUGCAGUCCCUCUACUUCAAGAAGAAGUUUGCAGAGAGAGUUGCAGAAGUCAAACCCAAGGUGGAAGCCAUCCGUGCCGGCUCCAAGGCAGUGCUGCAGAGCAGCAGCCUCCAGCAGCUGCUGGAAGUGGUCCUGGCCUUCGGGAACUACAUGAACAAAGGCCAGAGGGGCAACGCCUUCGGGUUUAAGAUCUCCAGCCUCAACAAGAUCGCAGACACCAAGUCCAGCAUUGACAAGAACAUCACCCUUCUGCAUUAUCUCAUCACUGUUGUUGAAAAGAAAUACCCCAAAGUCCUCCGCCUGCACGAGGAGCUGCGAGACAUCCCGCAGGCAGCCAAAGUCAACAUGACGGAGCUGGAGAAAGAAAUAAACACUCUGAGGAGCGGCCUGAGAGCGGUGGAGACUGAGCUGGACUUCCAGAAGUCUCAGGUUCAGCAACCAGGCGACAAGUUUGUGUCUGUCGUCAGCCAGUUCAUCACAUUAGCCAGCUUCAGCUUCUCAGAUGUUGAAGAUCUUCUGAUGGAAGCAAAAGAGCUGUUUUCCAAGGCUGUGAAGUACUUUGGCGAAGACACAGACAAAAUGCAGCCUGACGAGUUCUUUGGCAUCUUUGACCAGUUCCUUCAAGCUGUGACCGAGGCCAAGCAGGAGAACGAGAACAUGAGGAGGAGGAAGGAGGAGGUGGAGCGCCGGGCACGCAUGGAGGCACAGCUGAAGGAGCAGCGGGAGCAGGAGCGCAAGUCGAGGAAGGCGAAGCAGAGCAGGGAGGAAGGCGGCGAGUUCGAUGACCUGUCUCAGCCCUGCCCUCGGGCGAAGUCUUCGACAAGGACCUCUCCAAGCUGA